CGCAAAACUUGGAUAUAACUGCACCUUUUCGGCCUCUUCGCCGUCGACGGCACGAAAUGAAAAAGCCUCGAAGAGCCAAACAGUGCGGACUGGUGCAAUUCCGUCUAGCGACGAUGAUGUUGUCUCGGCGCUCUUUCAAGAUCAGCCCCAACAGGAAGACCAAUCGGCAGGUUUGUGUGAAAUGCAUCGCCGUGUGUUGGGGGCUCAAACUCCCAGUGAUAGGCUUCUUGAGAAUUCCAGUGGAUCAAUAACCAAUAUAGCAGAGACAAGUAACACUGCAGCUUGUGAGUCUAAGACUGGUAGCUUUAAUAUCAGCAUGAAGGAGGCAGAAGAGCUGCUAUCGCUGUUCAAACUGCGAAGAAUGUAUUUCCCGUUCGUCGAAGUGCCCAACAUAGCCUCAGCGGCCUCGAUGGCAUCAUCUCGUCCUUUCCUAUUAUUGGCCAUUCUCACGGUAUGCCUAGUACGGAAGCCAUUCCUGCAAAAGAGGGUUGACGAAAGAUUCCGUCGGGUACUGAGUGAAAGGAUUGUCUUUCACGGGGAAAAGAGUUUGGACUACGUGCAAGGUAUACUAAUUUAUAUCGCAUGGUGCCCGUUACAUUUACGACCACUGAACAACCAAAUAUCGCAGUUUCUGCAAAUGCUCUCAACUAUGAUAUCUGACCUAAAGCUCUCUCAAAAUGUCGAUGAUGAAGCGUCUCGAAAUGCGUGCCUUGGAACCCACAACUUGUGCUCUCUAUUAUCUGUUAGCUUGGGACGUCGCGGUGAUGAUCCAGCGUAUAGUUAUUUAAAAGCGGCACUUGAUGCCAAUAAGACAUCAGGUCAGCCAUACGAUAAUCGACUUCGAUACUCGAGGCUUCAGGUGUUCUUUGAAGAAACAUAUCGCUGUCAGGUAAACCGUGGAUCCGACGGAUGUCCUAUCAAAACACAACAAAUAGUUCAAGAAACGAUGGAAUCGCUUCGGCUGGACCUCCAAAUUUUUGAGCGCAUGCAAGGUUGCGAUAACGUUCCUCUCCAUCUAUCCGCUAUGUCCCUUAAGGUAAACAUAGCCUUUAUGCCGUUCAAAGUUCUCGACACCAAACCCGGCUACAAAGGUCAUCCCAAAUCUUCGCUCGUGCCACCAGGUCAGGAAUCGUAUUUACUUGAGCAUGCAUAUUCGUGCCUGACAGAAAUACGCGUCUUCUUCGAAUAUUUUCUCUCCAUUCCAGCAGAUCAAUACAUCCACUUCUCAAUCAGAGAAUGGUGCGAAUUAGUCCUCACUAUUAGUUCCGCCUCCCACAUCUGUUUCCUAUCAUUCUCCUCUAUGAGCCCCGAGUGGAACGACUUCCGAACCAAAGCACGAUCGAGCGUCCUAAUCUAUGUCGAGAGUCUCUCACAUCGCAUGUGGACUUUAUCCGUGUCAAAACCCGGCGACCCUCCCGAUAAAUACUUCAUGUUCAAGUCGGUCCUCGACAUUGUUUUAUCUACAUAUGCGUCAACUACUACGCCUCCUCCAUCCCAACCAUCUGUCACCGGCGAGACAUCGUCUGUGACGCAGUCCGAUCCUCAGGAAGUGGCCCCGCCAGCAACCACAUCAAGUCGCUGCCCCAUGAUGAACGGAAGCAUUCGGGAUUCGGAUUUCUGGCAGGCUAUGGAACAAAGCGAUAUUCUCUAUUUGGAAAGCUUGGGGAUCGGAACGAAUGGUCAAUAUGCAUUUGCUUCCGGAGCAGUGGGUACUGACAACCUGUUUGAUGAUGCUGGCGAUUGGCCGAGUAUAUUUUCAGAAUGGGUCAAUGUUUCCAAUUGAUCACUCGGGAGUUUGAGUUUUGCGUGACAUUGCACAAAAGACCUGCAUCAUCAAGUGUUGCUCGAGAUUAGAGAUUUGAGAUCGAAUAUAGCAUGUGUUCAGGAAAAGUGCUGCGUGGGUUACUUCUUAAUCACGACUCCUCAGAGAAAGUGCAG